CUCCCCUCUCCUCUCCUUCUCCGGCUUCCGGCGGCUAAGGGCCCUCGCUGCACGGCCGCACCGCACACCGCGUCGCGCAAUCCGCAUCCAGCCCUCCUCGUCGCGGCGCAGCUCACGCCACCCACGGCACCGAGGGCGCGCGCCCGGCGACGCGGAGUAGCAGGAGGAGGAGGAGGAGGGGGUUGAGAGCAAGCGGGCGGCCCCGGCGCGGCGUGACCCCCUCCGGCCUCCGGCCAUGCUGCAGCGCGCGGCGGGCAACGCCUACUCCUGGUGGUGGGCGUCCCACAUCCGCACCAGCCAGUCCAAAUGGCUCGACGCCACCCUCAACGAGAUGGAGGAGAGGGUGAAGCUCAUGAUCAAGCUCAUCGGGGCGGAUGCCGACACGUUCGGCAAGAAGGCGGAGCUCUACUUCAGGAGCCGGCCGGAGCUCAUCAGCAACGUCGAGGAGAUGUUCAGAUCCUACCAAGCACUGGCUGACCGGUACGACCGGAUAUCUAGCGAGCUGCACAAGGCCAACCACACCAUUGCCACCGUUUUCCCGGACCAUGUCCAGUUCUCCAUGCAAGAGGGUGACGCCGAAGGAGUCCCCAAGGCAAUUACAAGUAUUGAUCUCAUCAACUACAAAUUCCCUGCUCUGGAAGGUUUGCCAAUGGGCUCACGCGUCACAAGCCGGGGAUCGAGCCCGAACCCGGCUCCAAAGAGGACCCAGACACACCGGCGAGUCGGCUCCCACAUGAAUAAGGACAGGGCACUGGAAGAGAUCGACAAGCUGCAGAAGCAAAUCCUGGUGCUGCAGACCGAGAAGGAGUUCUUGAAGACCACUUAUGACAGUGCACUGGGCAAGUAUCUAGACAUUGAAAGGAAGGUGGCCGAGUUGCAGGAGGAAGUUUGCGGCUUGCAAGAUACUUUUAGCACUAGCUCGGGCAUUGAAGACAAUGAAGCCCGAGCACUGAUGGCUUCACGAGCCCUUAUGUCUUGUGAGCAUACAUUGGUUAACUUGCAGGGCCAGCAAAAGAGGUCAUCUAAAGAGGCGAGGACUGAAUUUCAAAGAUUCAACGAGGCAAAGGAGAAACUGAAAACCUUCAAGGAUGAGUGUGGGCAGCCCCAGACGCAAGAUGACGGGCCCGAUCACCAUGAAACAGGACUUACCCAAGUACUGCCACCUGUGGAUGGUGGCGAUUCUGUUCAGGACGAGGCUAAGCUUGACCUGCAGGAAGUAUGCCAAAAAAUCAAAGAACUAAUUGAAUUGCGCCCAGAGGCAUCAGUUUCAGACAUAGCGGAAAAAGUUGAUCGACUUGUGGAGAAGGUAGUCAACCUGGAGCUUGCUACUACGUCUCAGAAUGCUCAGAUCGAUAGAAUGAAAUCUGAGAUAGAUGACUUUCACAAGCGCCUGCAUGCCUUGGAGGAGGAGAAGGCAGCUUUGGUUGUUGAUUCCAGUAAGUUGGCCGAAAGGUUGAAGCAAGUUGAGGUGGUGCUACAAGUCGUCCUACAAAUUGGUAGGUCCAUACAACAUGGUACCGAGAAUAUUCGUGAAGAAAUGACUGAAGCUUGCAGUGAACUUGCUGGGUUUGUAGAAGCAUUGAACUCUCCAGCGUCUCAAAACAGCAAGUUUUUUGAUUCGUCUGAAAAGGGCUCGGAAGAUAUUGUGGUGCAGCAACAGCUUGUUGCUAAUCUAUCUGAAGGCGAGGAUAAUAUUUUAUCAGAAGAUUAUGCAUCUGUGCUUCAGAUCUACAAAGAUACAGAGCAACAACUUUCUGAAAUUGAGAAGGAAAACCAAAAGUAUCAUACUGAGGCGAUGUCAGAGCUGAAGGAACUGAAGAGCUCUAAUACAAUGAAAGACGAGGAGAUUCAUUCUCUUCGCCGCAUGCUAAGUUCUUUGCAGAGAAAGAUGAAUGUUUCUGUUUCGGAGAGCGGGGAGAUGUCUGAAGAAACGUCCAAAAUAAGCAGCACUCCUACAACUGAAGACAAAGAGAUUGCUGAUGUAGAUGAAUAUAUUAAGCAAUGCGAAGGUGAAGAACCACUUGAGUAUUCAGUUGGGGAGGAAAAAUUUAGAGCAGAGAUCGACAAGGUGUUGGAGCAGACCAUGGACUUCUGGCUGAGGUUUAGCACAUCAUACCAUCAAAUACGACAUUUCCAAACAGCAUUUGACAGGCUAAAAGCCGAGAUGAUCAAGUUGACCGAUGCACAGGCACAGGGAGUUGCAGAUGGAAUUCCUACUAAUCAUCAGGUAGCAAAACUGGAGUCAGCUGUUUUAGAAAAGAAAUUUCGGGAUUUGAAUACAGAUCUUCAAGUUUGGAUGGAAAAGAAUGUGCUAUUAAAAGGAGAGCUGGAGAACAGGUUCUCUUCACUAUGCAGCAUACAAGAGGAUAUAUCAAAGAUCACAAUUCUGGAUAAAGGUGGUGAAGAUCAUUUUACCCUCAUCCAAGCUGCAAAAUUCCAAGGAGAGGUUCUUAAUAUGAAACAAGAGAAUAACAAAGUUGCUAAAGAGCUAGAAGCUGGGCUGGACCACGUAAGAGGUCUCCAAGUGGAGGUUGGGAGGGAGCUCUUGAAACUCCGGGAGAAUCUUGAGCUAUCUAUAGCAAGAAGCAACCGCGCUCAACAGAACUUUCGAACCUUGUCAACAAAAGCUGUGGUUCCCCUUAGAACUUUCCUGUUUGGUGUGAAGCCGAAGAAGCCAUCACUCUUCUCCUGCAUGGGUCCUGGGAUGCAUAAGCAAUAUGGUAGCUCGAAGCAUGGUCGUAGAUGAGAAUGGUUGGGUUAUCUGCUAUUUGUUUCUUGGUAUUAAUACAUGAGAGAUUUCAUUGUAGUUGCCAGUUGAUUUGGAGCUAUACGUGUCUUUCCUUAGGGCUUAAAUGUAUAGGACCUGCAUCACUUGACUCAAAUUUGUUUUAUGAUUCAAUAUACUCCUGCACUAACCUUACUGCCAGAACUAAAUUUGGUGGGAAGGAUAAUGUCAUAUUUGUUCAUCAUACUACUGUCCUGGUACCGGAAGAAACUGUGUUUGCCUUCAAUGGUCAAACUGAGGUCAAGUUGGCAAUCCUUCGGGGCAUCGUUCAUAAAGCUGUUGGGAGGAAACUAUUACCACUCAGAUUCCAGACAAAAUAUAAACGUUUUUUGAAUUUCUCAUGCCCACAAUAUCCUUGUCUUCCUCUGGUGGUCUGUUCAGCAGUCAUUGAAAUCACUUUUCAGGAUAUGCAAUCUUGGAGAAGCGGGUCUCCCCUCGUUUGGCAAUGUCUUUCUUCAAUGCAUGGUGUCAAUAUAGUGGAAAAUUACCAGACAAAAAUGUCUGUUGACUUCAUUGUGUUUGGUUCAUGUCCAAAUUCAAAGUUGGUUUGCAUACGAUGAUCUGUUAACAUCCAAAAAAGGAAAAGGAAGGCUAGGUUGCCUAUAAAACUAAUAUUAUACUAUUUUCUUCUGUUCUCUUUUAUAUGGAAGGUGGUGUUGCUGUUUACUACAGUUGUUUGUUGUAUUGCAUCUUUAGCCUCUUAACAUUUUAGCAUAAGUUUGAGUCAUUGCUACUUCCUUAGCAGGAAAGAUAAGUGACUGUUGGUUUCAUUGAAUCAUAUGACAGGAUGGUGUCAGAAUCUUGGCUCGGAUAGACUUGAUCAGGUAUGUUUCAUAUCAGUGCUCUAGACGGCACAUCACAUGAAGUUAAUAAUGCUACCUUGUCCGUUCUUUGAUGUAUUUACUUUUUAGUACUUAUUUCGAAAAUGGAAAAUGGGCUGUGAGGUGGCAGUUAUCAGAUAUGGCUUAGCCCUGUUCUAUCCAUUAUAUACUCACUGUUUUCAGUUUUAUGCAUAGUUUACUGUAUAAUUAAACUCUGUAGUUGUCGAAACUGUGCAGCUCUUUCCUAGUCGGUUCACAGGUUUCCUCAAAGUUCUUCUGUUUCCCAAGGUGGUGGGUUCCUGUUUCCUACUUUGCUAGUUGCUACAGAAGUAGGAACCCAUUGUACAGAAUCAAAGAUAAGGUAGGUACCCGGCAAUCUCUAGACUCUAGCUAAAGAUUAAAGCUCUUGAAAUUGAUAAAGAAGGGCUUGAGUUUCGUUCCAGCAAGCAUCACAUCAGUUAUCCAGCUACAGAUUGUUUUAUCUUGUAUACCUUUCUAUUCCUGCUCCAUAAUGCUAGUUACUA